AUGACGGAAACGCUAUUCGACAAUGGGCCAUUUCAAUACAGCGACAUCCAACCGUUGCCGAUUUCCAGCGGUGACAAGGACGAACUUUGCCAGAUAUUGUAUGACGACGAAUACAAAGAGGUUAUGGGAAUCACCAGAGCGCUCCUGGAGAAAUCGGAGUUCUCGGAAAGAGCUCUGCACGCCACUUCACAGGCCAUACAGCUCGUACCAGCAUUCUACACCAUGUGGAAUUACCGUUUCCAGAUCGUGAGGAAACUCUACGGAGCGGACCCUGCCAAGCUUAACGAUGAGUUAGAUUGGCUCGACCAAUUCACUCUAAACAAUCCAAAAAACUACCAAAUUUGGUCUUAUCGCCAGGCGCUCCUAAAACUGCAUCCCUCGCCGCAAUUUCUGCGCGAGCUGCCCAUUCUACAAGCAAUGCUCGACGAAGAUACCAAAAACUACCAUGUCUGGUCCUAUCGUCGUAGCUGCGUUUUCUUCUUCCAAAAUUUCGAUCAUGAACUACAAUUUGCAUCCGACCUAAUUACCCGCGACGUUUACAACAAUAGUGCAUGGUGCCACCGCAUGUUUGUAUUGAAAUCUCAAUUCAAACCAACGCCCCCCACGGAACUCUUGAAAACCGAGAUCCAUUACACCAAGACACAGAUAGAGCUUGCUCCUCAAAAUAUCAGUUCCUGGAACUAUCUCCAAGGUCUAUAUCAAGAAUUCUUGGACAACAAAUUCGAUGCCGAAGUGGUAGAUUUCGCCCUGACGUUUACUUCAGGCGCUUUCGACUCACUCGAGAAACCAUCGCAAAUUUUGUCAUCGUAUGCCCUAGAGUUUUUGGCGCAUGUUUACGGCCAGAGUAAAGACACAUCUGACAAGGCUUGCAGAGCAUACCGAGCUUUAUCCGAAAUCUACGAUCCUAUACGCAAAAAUUUUUGGAACUUUAAGAUUCGUUCUCUGACGACCUGA